CACAAGAUACACACGUGAAAACUGAAUAGUUUUAGAAGAAAAUCUGACGAUAAAAAGAUGUCCGAUAAUAACCUACUACAAACUUAUAAUUAUGAAACAAAUAAUUUUGAAGAAACCCUUGCUGAUUAUGUGGGAAGUACACAAUACGACGAAAAUGAAGUACAAUUUACUCGGCCAGUCCAAGACGAAGUGAUCAGUGUAUACGAGGUAUAUGUAAAAGAAGAAACCGAAGAUAAUAAUACAAGAGAUAAUCUUCCAAUUAUUUCAAGCUUAUCGUCUUCGAACGAUCAUCAAUUGAUUCAAGGUGAUUCACACGCAAUGAACAUGGAUACGAGCAUCGAAUCAGAGGUGAUUAAAGUUGAUAGUACGGUAGGGAAACUUCUUGGAAAGGAUGCUCUAAAAUAUAAAAUUUUAGAACAGUGUAUCACUACGAACGAUAAUAACGUCGUUGUUUAUUCACAUCCGAUAACGGAAGGUCCAUCUUCGUCCACGACUCGCAUGAUCGAUAAAGAUGAUAUAAGAUCAAGAUUACAUUUCGUCAAAUAUUUAAAACGCGAUGGGAAAACGUUAAAAAUUUGGGAAUGCGGAAUUUGUUCGAAAGAGUUUCGACAUCAGUAUACAUUGAUGCGACAUUUACCAACGCAUACCGAUGAAAGAAAUUUCAAAUGCGAAGCUUGUGGUAAAGCUUUUCGACAAUUGUCAACUUUAAGUCAACAUAAAGCAAUUCAUAGCGACGCGAGGCCAUACGUCUGUGAAUUUUGUAAAAAAACAUUCAACAGAGUAUCGACAUUAAUCUCGCAUCGAAAAACUCAUUCCGAACACAAACCGCACAAGUGUCACCUAUGUGGGAAAGGAUUUCAUCAAAAAGGUAAUCUAAGGAAUCACGUGUUCACCCAUACUAAUGAAAGGCCAUAUAAAUGUGAGCUUUGUGGUAAAGGAUUUAACCAAAUGUCAAAUUUAGUGUGUCAUAAAGUCAAGGCACAUGCGCAUACAGAAAAAAUGCAAUAUACUUGUACAAUUUGUGGUAAGGAAUUCCCACGGAGAUUUUCAUUAAGAUCGCACGAAGAAUAUAAGCACGGUAUUAAAUAUCGGCAACCAGUUGGUCCGCAGGCCGGACUUAAUGAUCAGAAUAUUAUGAGAAAUAAAAAUGUCAGAAUAGUACAACUACCCGGUGAGGAAGGAAAUCAGAUGCCUGAGAUCCUUUCUUCAACGGGUACCGAAGAUAUAAGAACAACUGAGAAAAAUAAUUCUAAUGGUACUAAAGAUCUGGAUAAUAUCAAAUCUAUACAAAUACGUAUGCCGCUCGUAAAUUCUGUCAUUCAAAAAAUAGAAUCUGAUGGAAAAUCACGUUUUACUGUUGAUUCUGGAUCUGAAUCUCAUCAAGAUACUCAGUUUACGUAUUCCGAACAUAUUGGAGGUGAAUCGCACCGUUCAUUUGAUCCAUCUACGAUUUCAUCGACCGAUGAAUGUAGCGAAUUAUUGGAUCUUGCUGCUCAAGGUGGGAUACAAUUUGUUCGUGCUACUGAAGAUGGUCGUUAUGAGGUAAUGACAAGUAACGAAGCUCGUGAUCUAAUGGUUCAAAAUUCACACGAUCUCGCUAUUCUUAAUAGCGAAGAAUCGGAUGCUAUUAAUGUUGUAAAUUUACAUAACAAUAAUGAUAUAAUCAUUGGUGAUGCCGAUAAUCAAAUUAUGGUUUUAAAUUCUAAUUCAACACGAAAGCAAAUACCAAUGGAUUCGAUUGAGAUAUUAGAGGACAAAGAUAUCAGAAUUUUAGAAAGCAAAAGUCUCGAUGAUCGUUUCAUAGAAGGUCUUAACUUUUUACCCCAAUCGAAAAUUGAUGACUUCAUUCUUGGUUCUAAAUCUUUAGGUAUAGAUCAUAAUGGUAUUAAUAUUACAGAACACGACGACGAAGGGUUAGACGUUAUCUCGAAUCAUCAUGAUUUUGCGAAUAUUCUUAGCCAUCGAAAUGAUAUUGCAGCUUUAUCAAGAGAAACAAGUGCCUCUUCUUUAUAUAAGAAUCAUUCGUCGACAUCGAUAAUAAAUAAUACAUUGUCUUAUCUUAAGGCUAAUCAAAGUAUAUCAGAAGAUAUGUCUAUUAUUAACAAUUCUACAAUACCUGAUCAUGCGGAAUAUGAUCCCAAAAUAAAACUACCGAUGGUCUUUGAUGAAAAUGAUCACAAUACUGGAAUCGUAUCUCUCAAUCAUCCAGAAAUUAAAAUUCUUGAUUCAGGAAAUCAAGUUACGAAAACCUUUGGAAACAAUGAGACUUUAUCUCCAUUAUCAAAAAUUUAUCCAAAUUUUGGAGAAGUCAAGAUUUUAGGACCAAAAAAUCAUGGUCAAGAAUUAGUAACAACACAGUUUCAAGAUAUGAAAAUGUUUUCUCCUUAUGAAGAUCUUUUAAAAAAUUCAAUAACACCUUUAAAUAUGCGUGAUAAUAGUCCGAACAAUGUAUGUAAAAAAGAAGUGAAAAUUCUUGGAAAGAAAUUAGGAACGGGUAUCAUUGGUGGUACCGAAGAUGAUAAAGUUAUUAAAUUACUCGAUGAUAAACGAAAAUUGGUAUUGGAUAAACAACAAGAUGUUUGCAAUCAUUUGGACAAUGGAUUGAUUUCUCCAUCAUCAGUAGAUAAACCCAUUACGGAAAAUGUUGAUCAAAACUGCUUCUCGCUUCAAGUAAACCGCUAUCAGAGCAUACAAUGCCAUCAGAAUUAUGAAAAAGAAAAUGUUCCUCCUGAAUGUAUAGGUUUGCAGUCCGCACGAGACUAAAUU